AUGAGGACCACCUGGAGGGACCCCUGUGGCACUCCUCCCCCCUUCCAGAGCGGCAGAGCUCGGGACCACGCCCAGUCCUGCGGCACGCCCUCUGAAUUCUCAAGCCACGCCCACGUAACCUGUCCUGCCUCGGCCACAGAGAACCACGCCCACGCACGCCUUGGGGCACACUACAGCUGGGACACGGGACGCGGGACUGAGGGACUGUCUGAUGUGGAGGAGCGUUGGGUGUGGACGCUGGCGGGGCUAAAGAGGAAGGUGAGCAAGAUUUAUGACGGCUCGGGCCCCUCGCUGGAGCGCCCCCCGGUGGACACAGCCUUUUGUGCCGCCGCCAGCAGGGGCGCGCUUCUCCCCCCUGUCCAGCCCCUUCCUCUUCACUCCCCCUGCACCUCCACACCUCCACCUCUCCACCUCUCCACUCCCCUGCCUCCUAUUACCUCUAAACACAACCAUUCCCCUUCCUGCACCUCUAGUGAAAAUGAUGAUGAUGAUGAUGAUAAUGGUGAUGAUACAGGAGAACAAGACAAUGAUGAUGAUAAUGAUGAUGAUAGUAAAGAGGACCACGACAAUGAUGGUGACAGUGGUGAUGGUGAUGAUCAAGAGACCAAGACAAUGAUGAUGAUGAUGAUGAGCAUCUCUUACGCCAUCACACCUGUCAUGCACACACCUGUUUUUGUCGCCUGUGUGUGCUCGUGUGGCGGGGCAGGGCGGGACUGGCCGAGCAAACACAGUGAAGAGGAUGGAGGGACGCUGCCGUGUGAGCUGAGGAGAUUUUGA